UACAGGUGCUGCACUUGAUAGGCAUGGCUCUGCUGGAGGAGCAGCAACAGCUAGAGAACAUUGGGGAUGACGAUGAAGUUACUUUCAACUUCACCCUCAAAAUCUCCCAUGGUGGUUAGCAUUAAAACGAUGCGUGAGUGCACAGCUGCUGCACCUCCCUGUGAAGGAACAGGGCACUGUCACAAGGAGACUGUGUGGGACAAAGACAAAGCAUAGAGAAAAAGGAAAGCUGAACUGUGCUGGAAAAAGACCAUGGCUCAAACAUUAGAGAGCCAGAGUCAUUUUAUCAAUAAGUACAUAGAGCUGCUCACGCAGGAUUCAGAGGAUCUGGACGCCUCAGCCUCUACAUCAGCAGAGCAUAGGUACCUAAGCAUGCUCGUAGUGACGCAGUGUUCUUAAUAAGUCAACUUGUAUUGUAUUCUCAAUAUCCAGUCAGUACAUUUAUGUCAGUAAAUGCAUGCAUCAACACUUCCUUGACUUUGCUGAGCAGUUGUCUGUUCUUUGUCCUAAAAGUUCUUGCAUAUAAUGGUGGUCUUCACAUAACAUAAGUAAAUUCCCAUCCUUAAACUCUUUAUCUUGCAUAUUCAUUUAGAGCAUUUUCUGUUGGAGUAAAUGAGUAGAGAGGAUCCUAGGCCAUUUUUAGCAAUUUCCUGCCCCAGUUCAUGUGACGGUGCUCUGGUGUGUGUGGGACCUCGUCCUUGGCGUGCCAGAGGAGGAGAGAGGAGGCAGAUGGAGAUGUGUAUCCUGUGUCACGAAGCGCAGGAGAUCCUACCUGAUGGCACCACCAUGGUGCUCGCUGCCUUUGUCCAACGCUCUACGGUCAUGUCCAAGAACCGCAAAAGACCCCCUCACAAUCCAGAGAGCUGUGAUCCCCUCUUCAUGCACCCUGACCUGUCCUUUGUACCCAUAACGGCAGCUGUGGCCACAUCAUGCACUCUCACUGCUGGCAGAGAUACUUUGAGACACUCCAGAGUCAGGAUGCGCAGUGGCUGCAUGAGCAAACCAGUUACGAUGUAGAGAAUGGGGAGUACCUGUGUCCACUCUGUAAGUGUCGCAGUAACACUCAUUCCUCUCCUGCCCCUCACUGAGACCACCUGCAGGUACUCGCAUACAAACUUGUGGUUGUGAUUAUUCUAAGUGGAGUUGCUCUGAAUCCGGACCGCUUAAUAUUUUAACCAUUGCAUUGGCGAAUUAGUUGUAGUGGCUCUGUAACCAAUGCAAGCUUGCCUAUGAAAUGCCAUGGAAGGGUACAGAAUGACACUGUAACAGUGCAUACCCCAUUCCAAUAUUCCUCUUAUUUAUUUAUAUAUUUUUUAGCAAGGGAAUU